AUGGCAAUAGCUUGGAGGCUUCUCACCUGGACUGUCACCUUCACUGCGGCUCUGUGCGGCUCUCCCGGCUACAUGUUCCAGUCACAAGAGGAGUUCCUCUCCAGCCUGGAUCACUAUGAGAUUGCCUUCCCCAUCCAAGUGGACCAGAACGGAGACUUCCUGACCUUCGACAUGCGGCGGCAGCUGAAGCAGCGGCCCCGGCGCAGCCUGGGCUCCCUGCCCUACGAGCCCCCUGAGCAGCAGGUCUUCUACAAAGUCUCUGCCCACCACACCCACUUCCUCCUCAACCUCACCCUGCACUCCAACCUGCUGGCUGAGCACUUCACUGUGGAGUACUGGAAGCGAGAUGGUGUGGACUGGCAGCACGACUUCCACGAGGACUGCCACUACGCUGGCCACCUGCAGGACCAGUACCUCAGCUCUAAGGUGGCCAUCAGCAACUGCAAUGGGCUGCACGGGGUGAUCGUGGCGGAUGAGGAGGAAUACUUUAUCGAGCCACUGAGCCCGGGAGCCAACAUGAGUGCAAGCAGCGAGGGCAAGGGCAGCCCCCACGUCGUCUACAAGAGGUCAUCUCUGCAAUACCCACACAUGGAUGCAGCCUGUGGCGUGCUAGACGAGAAGCCGUGGAAGGGGAGACACUGGUGGCUGAGGUCUCUGAAGCCUUCUCCCCUGAAACCAUCAGGCAACCACAGCCAGAGGGGGCAGCUGCCCCUCAAGAGGUCUGUGAGCACGGAGCGCUACGUGGAGACGCUGGUGGUGGCUGACAAGAUGAUGGUUGGGUACCACGGGCGCAGGGACAUCGAGCAGUACAUCCUGGCCAUCAUGAAUAUUGUUGCCAAACUUUUCCAGGACUCCAGUCUGGGCAAUAUUGUCAACAUCCUGGUGACCAGGCUGAUUCUCCUCACUGAGGACCAGCCCACACUGGAGAUCAACCACCACGCUGGGAAAUCCCUGGACAGCUUCUGCAAGUGGCAGAAAUCCAUUGUGAACAGGAAUGGCAACGGGAAUGCCAUUCCCGAGAACGGGAUCGCCAACCACGACACCGCCGUGCUGAUCACCAGAUACGACAUCUGCAUCUACAAGAACAAACCCUGUGGCACUCUGGGCCUGGCCCCCGUGGGUGGGAUGUGUGAGCGAGAGAGGAGCUGCAGCAUCAACGAGGACAUUGGCCUGGCCACAGCCUUCACCAUCGCCCACGAGAUCGGCCACACGUUUGGCAUGAACCACGAUGGGGUCGGCAACAGCUGCGGCUCCCGCGGCCAGGAGACAGCCAAGCUGAUGGCUGCUCACAUCACCAUGAAAACCAACCCCUUUGUCUGGUCCACCUGCAGCAGGGACUACAUCACCAGCUUCCUGGACUCAGGGCUGGGACUGUGCCUGAACAACGCUCCUCCCAAGCAGGACUUCCUGUACCCGACGGUGGCCCCGGGGCAGGCGUACGACGCCGACGAGCAGUGCCGCUUCCAGUACGGAGUCAAAUCCCGCCAGUGUAAAUACGGGGAAGUCUGCAGUGAGCUGUGGUGUCUGAGUAAGAGCAAUCGCUGCAUAACCAACAGCAUCCCUGCUGCUGAGGGCACCAUCUGCCAGACCAACACCAUUGACAAGGGGUGGUGCUACAAGAGGGAGUGUGUGCCCUUUGGCACCCGCCCAGAGGGUGUGGAUGGUGCCUGGGGAAUGUGGUCCUCCUGGGGAGAGUGCAGCAGGACGUGUGGUGGAGGAGUCUCCUCGUCCGUUCGCCACUGCGACAGCCCACGGCCAACCAUCGGAGGGAAGUACUGCCUGGGCGAGCGGAAGCGUUACCGCUCCUGCAACACCGACGACUGCCCCCCAGGCUCCCAGGACUUCCGUGAGCUGCAGUGUGCCGAGUUCGACAACGUCCCCUUCCGAGGGAAGUACUACAGCUGGAAGACCUACAGGGGAGGGGGUGUCAAAGCCUGCUCCCUCAACUGCCUGGCCGAGGGGUUCAACUUCUACACGGAACGAGCAGCAGCUGUGGUGGAUGGGACGCCCUGCAGGCAGGACUCCAACGACAUCUGUGUCAAUGGGGAGUGCAAGCACGUGGGCUGUGACCGUGUGCUGGGCUCUGACUCCAAGGAGGACAAGUGCCGUGUGUGUGGGGGAGAUGGCAGCUCCUGUGAGACCAUCGAGGGUGUCUUCAACCAGUCCCUGCCUGAGGGAGGUUACGAGGAGGUGAUCCAGAUCCCCAAGGGCUCCGUCCACAUCGACAUCAGGGAGCUGAACCUCUCCAUCAACUACCUAGCACUGAGAAGGGAGGGAGGAGAGUUCUACAUCAAUGGGAAGCUCUCCAUCGACCCUCCGCGCCGCUUUGACAUCGCAGGCACAACCUUCCACUACAGGAGAUCCCCCGAGGAGCCUGAGUCCCUGGAAGCCUUGGGGCCCACCAACAUCACCCUCUUUGUCAUGGUGCUGGUGCGGACGGAGCUGCAGGGGAUCCGCUACAAGUUCAAUGCCCCUGUGGGGAGGGACAGCUCCAACCUCUACUCCUGGCACUACACCCCAUGGACCAAGUGCUCUGUGCUGUGUGCAGGGGGCAGCCAGGUCCAAUCUGUGGUGUGCAAGAAAGCCUCUGAUGGCUCAACUGUCCUCAGCCACUUCUGCAGCCCCCAGAACAAACUGCCGGAGCGGCAGCGGCUGUGCAACACUGAGCCCUGCCCCCCAGCCUGGGUGAUUGGGAACUGGUCCGAAUGCAGCCGGAGCUGCAACGAAGGCGUCCGCACGCGCAGCGUCUUCUGCAGGCGCAGGAUCUCUGCUGCUGAGGAGAAGACCUUGGAUGAUGCUUCCUGCAGCCAGCCACGGCCAAAGAUGCUUGAGCCUUGCAAUAACCAGACCUGCCCUCCAGAGUGGGUGGCUCUGGACUGGUCUGAGUGCACCCCUAGCUGUGGGCCAGGCUUCCGGCACCGCAUUGUGCUCUGCAAGAGUGGUGACCACGGAGCCACCCUGCCCACCUCCCAGUGCAGCCAAGCCCCCAAGCCCCCCACCAGCAUCAGGUGCAACCUGCGGCGCUGCCCCCCACCCCGCUGGGUGCCUGGCGAGUGGGGAGAGUGCUCUGCGCAGUGUGGCCUCGGCCAGCAGCGGAGAUCCGUCCAGUGCCUGGCUCACACCGGGCAGCCGUCCAGCGACUGCGUGGAGACCCUGCAGCCAGCCAGCAUGCAGCAGUGUGAGACCAAGUGUGAAUCAGGACCUACAGACAACCCUGAAGAGUGCAAAGAUGUGAACAAGGUGGCCUACUGCCCACUGGUGCUGAAGUUCAAGUUCUGCAGCAGGACCUACUUCCGACAGAUGUGCUGUAAAACCUGCCAGGGGCACUAG